AUGCUUUCUAUUCUAUCUUUUGUGUUCUUUGAGAGGCUUGCAUUCUACUCUAUUAAGAGCCACUUAUUCAUGUAUAUUGUGCAAUAUAUGGACUACAAUAGGAUGGAUGGUAUUAUUUAUGUGCACUCCUUUAUAUUUCUAUCGUACCUUUGCUGCAUCAUGUGCGGGUUUAUUGCAGAUAGGUACGUUGGGCAGUAUCUUAUGAUUUCUAUUUCUUUGGCAACUUAUAUCUUAGGGACUCUUUCUAUAACGGUUUCAUCCGUUGCCAGAAGCAAUCUCUUUUUUGCUGCAGGAGUGCUUUGUGUUGCCUUCAGUGCAGGCGGCAUAAAACCAAAUAUAUCUUCAUCUGGGGCAGGAAUUGUACAAAGUAUCCAUGCAGCCAAAAUAGCUGCACAUAAGACAGUACAGACAAUUAACUCUCUAAUAGUAACAUUCUUUUCACAGUUCUAUUUCGUGAUAAAUCUAAGCAGUUUUAUUGUUCUGUUCAUAACACCUGCUACUGUCAGUAGGCUGCUGUGUACUCUAAUGGGCAGUAACUCUUUUAGCAGAGGCAGUUUGCACCAGGCUGAUAUUUCUGAAUAUUUUCUUGUUUUCGCAUUCUCUUCUGUCUCAAUUUUCAUUUCAAUUAUUCUAUUCUCUGCACUUAUGGCGCAGUGCAUUCUGCGGUAUAUCUUUGUGCCUAAAUUCAGUGUCUUGCAAGAAGAAAAAUCACAAUCAGAUUCACACCCGUACAGCAUAGUGCAAAGUCUGCCUAUAAUCAUUGGAUGGGCUAUUUAUGACCAAAUGAGUUCUACAUGGAUAGACCAAGGAAAGAGAAUGCUUAGUACUGUGCAUAUUCUCUCUUAUUCUGCCCAUAUUCUUCCCUCCCAAAUGAUACUCAUUAACUCCUUUCUUCUGAUGGUAUUCCUUCCCUUCUAUAAUCCUGCCAUGACAUGGUUAUUUUCUAUUGUACCACUUAGAGACACACCCAGACACAGAAUGUCAUAUGGACUGUUUCUUAUAGGGAUAUCUUACAUAGUGUACUAUAUGAUUGAGCUGUACUUACUGCAUAAAGGACCUAUCUCCAUUCUCUUUCAAGUCCCACAGAUACUCAUUAUAACACUAGGCGAGGCACUGAUUAGUGUAUCAGGAAUGACUCUGGCGUACAAUGAUGGGACCUCUGAUAGUAAGAGUAUGGCGAUGGGGUACUGGUAUUUUAAUAUUGCACUUGGGAACUUACUGGUUAUAUGCAUCUCUGCCUUGUAUAAGUCAAUGGGCCUGCAGAUAGCACACCAAGGCAUACUGUAUAUCUGCUUGAUAUUCAUAGCCAUGGUGCGCUCCCUGCAGGAAACUGCAAAUAAUAUUCCAGCCAGAUGUGAUGCCGUAUUGCUGCCCAUAUGCACAAGCAGACUACAGCCAGAACAUGUCCAAAGCAUAGUUAUGUAG